GGUCAUCUGUAGGCGCCGUCAUGUGACCGGAAGAGCCUCCCGCAUUUCCGUUGUGUGCAUCCCAUUUUGAUUCGUGUGACCCGGUCGCGUUGUGUGUGGAUAUCGUAACCUGAGAAAGUGGCGCUGGAUACAUGGAGGCCGCUCAGCUGCCCCCCCAUGGUGGGGAACGGCCCGAUGAUCCCGGGGCCCUGGAGACCGGGGAUCCGGGCUCCAUUGGCGGGAAUGAGGCCACCAGGCUUGAGAAUACCGCGGCCGGGGAUGCCAGGACCUGGAAUGAUGAGACACCCGGGGCUGGGCAUGUUGAGGGCUCCAAGGAUCCCAGGGCCCGGAAUGAUGGGACCACCGGGGGGCCCAGGGCUUGCAGGGAUGAGGCCACCGGGGGGCCCAGGGCUUGCAGGGAUGAGACCACCGGGGGGCCCAGGGCUUACAAGGAUGAGACCACCAGGGGGCCCAGGGCUUGCAGGAAUGAGACCACCGGGGAGCCCAGGGCCCGGAAUGAUGAGACCCCCGGGGGGCCCAGGGCCCGGAAUGAUGAGACCACAGGGGGGCCCAGGGCUUGCAGGGAUGAGACCACCGGGGGGCCCAGGGCCCGGAAUGAUGAGACCACAGGGGGGCCCAGGGCUUGCAGGGAUGAGACCACAGGGGGGCCCAGGACUUGCAGGGAUGAGACCGCCGGGGGGGCCAGGGCUUGCAGGGAUGAGACCACCGGGGGGCCCAGGGCUUGCAGGGAUGAGACCACCCGGGGGGCCAGGGCCCGGAUCAAUGAGACCACCGGGGAGCCCAGCUGCAGUGCGGGGCCCGGGGAUCCUGUCGCCAUCUCCGACAGGAAUGAGAAUCCCAGGAGUGAGGCCGGUGCGGACCCCAAUGAUGCCAGGGCUGCUUCCCCAGACAAACGGCUUACCGGGUCCCAUGGGCAUGAGGGGACCCAUGAUGCCAGGACCUGGCAUGAGGGGCCCGAUGCUGUUAGAUCAGCGCAGUCCUAUGAUGCAGCGGCCAAGGACCCCACAGAACAAUCCCAUGCAGGGUCUGGGGGGAGCACCAUUAAGGGGGCAGAGUCCUUUAAGAAACCCAUCGCUCCUCUCAGGUCCGGCGGGAAUGAAAAGACCUUGGACCAACAUGACAAACCCGGCAGCGCCACCACCUCCGCCCAACUUCCUUCCCUCACCAGCCGGGAAAAGGCCCCGGAUGUCAGCGCCAGGCUUCCCUCUGAUGCCUACAGAACCAGCCCUACCAUUCCCUAUGAGGAACCUGCCUGGUCCGGGAGGCCCCAGGCCCUUUACACCCUGGAGACGCUAAAGGACGGCAGCAUCCUGUCAACCAAAAGCCUGAAUGGCAGCAGCUGGACUGUAUUCGGUCGACUCCCUACCUGUCAUGUGUCACUCGAACACCCUUCUGUUUCCCGGUACCAUGCGGUCCUGCAGUAUCGCUCAGUCCCUGGGACGGAGCAGGAUCAAGAUCCUGGUUUCUAUGUCUAUGACCUGGGCAGCACCCACGGGACCUUCAUCAAUAAGCAGAGGAUCCAAUCCAAGACCUACAGCCGCUUCCGAGUGGGACAUGUGCUUAAAUUCGGAGGGGGCACCAGACUGUUUGUCCUCCAGGGUCCAGAUGAAGAUCAGGAAGCGGAGUCCGAUAUGACUGUAACUCAGAUCAAGGAGGCCCGGCGGCAUAGAGAGAAUCUGCAGAAGAUGAUGCUGGGAGACGACUCAGACGAAGAAGAACCUGAAGAAGAGGACAGAGAGAAGGAGAAAGAGCGGGGAGGAUCGGAAGAAGCCGGCUGCAUGUGGGGAAUGGGGGAUGAUGCGGAGGAGGAGGAGAGCGAUGUGAACCCCAUUGCUAUGGAGUAUCAGGUGGAGCGGGAGGCUUUGUACUCCAAAGAUCCAAAGAAGACGCUCCAGGGGUUCUUCGAUAGAGAAGGAGAGGAGCUGGAUUUCGAAUACGAAGAGCGAGGAAUCGGGUCGUGGUUCUGCAGAGUAAAGUUGCCCGCUGAUGAUUCUUCAGGGAAGCAGCUGGUGGCGGAAGUGGUACAUUCGGGAAAGAAAAAGGACGCAAUGAGACUAUGUUGUAUGGAGGCCUGCCGCAUCCUGGACAUGAGAGGGUUACUGCGCCAGGAGGCCGUCUCACGUAAAAGAAAAGGCAAACAGUGGGAGGACGAAGAUUUUUAUGACAGCGAUGAUGACACUUUCCUCGACCGCACAGGAAUUGUAGAGAAAAAACGACUGAAUCGAAUGAAGAAAGCCGGAAAGAUCGAGGAGAAACCCGAAACCUACGAGUCCCUGACGGCAAAACUGGUUCUUGUUGAAAAGGAAAUCACAGAAGUGGCAGAAAAGCUGAGAACGAAUCGGCAAGGUGAAGCCCAGACCUCUACCCAGGACUCUCUGGACGCCUUCAUGACAGAAAUCAAAUCUGGCGCCUCCUUAGACAACGUGACCCGCAAGAAGCUUCACUUACAGUCCUUGGAGCUGAAGAAGGAGCAGCAGAGGCUGAAGAGUCUCAUCAAGAUCGUCCAGCCGACCAAACUCCCCGAGCUAAAAACUGA